AAAGUUCCGCUGUACCACUAUCCAGGCUGUUGUGCGCACUGGUGCCAGUGGAACAUGUCAGUCGCGCAGUCUGAAGUCAGCAGAGACACAAUAGCUGCGGGUGUAGCCCCGGAGGAAGAGAACGGGCCGCUGGGAGACUGAGGCCGGAAGAGGAGGAGGGAUCUCUGGGCGGCUCCGCUCCCGCUGCUCAGCUGUUCCUGUCAGACAAACGUGUCCGGAGCCACCGCAGGCGCUUCGGGAUUCUACCUGUCAACAAGUAAACAGCUGCCAUGGCCUCAGGGGGAGCCUCAGCCCCAGGAGUCACCCAAUGGGCCACUAAGGUGGAGCUGACCAUCUCCUGUGAGAACCUCCUGGACAUGGACGUCUUCUCCAAGUCCGAUCCUCUGUGCGCCUUGUACAUCAACACUUCAGGCUCCCACUGGUAUGAGUUUGGACGCACCGAGAUGAUCCUGAACUGCCUGAAUCCAAAGUUUGCCAAGAGGUUUGUCAUUGACUACUAUUUCGAGAUGGUGCAGAAGCUGAAGUUUUGCGUGUAUGACAUCGACAACAGUACCUAUGACCUGAGUGAUGAUGAUUUUCUAGGGGAGCUUGAAUGCACCCUGGGUCAGAUUGUUUCCAGCAAGCAGCUGACUCGAUCUCUGUUGCUGACAGACAAGAGGCCUGCAGGUCGGGGGACCAUAACAAUCUGUGCUGAAGAAAUAACAGACACCAGAGUGGCUGAGUUUGAGGUGUCGGGCCGCAGGAUGGACAAAAAGUAUUUGUGGUGGUCCGACCCUUUCCUGGAGUUCUACAAGCAGACAGAGACCGGCUGGCAGCUGGCUCACAGGACAGAGGUUGUGUACGACAACCUAAACCCAAUAUGGAGACCCUUCCGCAUCUCGAUGCGAUCGCUCUGUGGAGGAGAUGUGGAGAAGCCCAUUAAGGUGGUCUGUUACGACCAUCGCAUCAGUGGCUCCCAUGAUCUCAUCGGAAGCUUUCAAACCACACUGGCAGAGUUGCAAGUGGGAACACACAUUUCCCCGGCUGAAUUCGAGUGCAUAAACCUGAAAAAGUUGAAGAAGAAAAAGUAUAAAAACUCUGGGGUCAUUUGCGUCAAGCGCUGCCAGUUGGUGAAGGACUACACCUUCCUGGAUUAUAUCAUGGGCGGUUGUCAGAUCAACUUCACUAUCGCCAUUGACUUCACAGGCUCUAACGGGGAUCCAAGCUCUCCACGCUCCCUCCACUACGUCAACCCUGAUGGCUACAACGAAUACCUGGCAGCCAUCUGGGCAGUGGGUAAUGUCAUCCAGGACUAUGACAGUAACAAAAUGUUUCCUGUCUUUGGUUUUGGAGCCAAGAUCCCUCCCUCCUGGCAGGUUUCCCAUGAGUUUCCCAUCAAUUUUAAUCCAGCAAAUCCAUUCUGUGCAGGCAUAGAGGGAGUGGUGCAGGCCUACCAGCAGUGUCUACCCCAGCUGAAGCUCUGGGGUCCCACCAACUUUUCUCCGGUUAUUGACCACGUCACCUGCUUCGCCAAACAAGCUCUCCGGCAGAACACGGCCUCGCAAUACUUCGUGCUACUCAUCAUCACAGACGGAGUGAUCACAGACAUGGAUCAGACAUGUGCUGCGAUAGUAGAGGCCUCUCGUCUGCCCAUGUCUAUCAUCAUAGUGGGCGUGGGCGAUGCUGACUUCAGCGCGAUGGAGUUCCUCGACAGCGACGACAAGCUGCUGCGUUCGCCGACCGGUGACACCGCUGCGAGAGACAUCGUCCAGUUUGUGCCCUUCAGGGAUUUCCAAGGAAACAGUGUGGCCCUCGCCCAGAGCGUCCUGGCAGAGCUGCCCGAUCAAGUGUCCUCCUUCUUCAAUUCUUACAAGCUAAAGCCCCCAAAUAUAUCCAGUGUUUCUGAGCCGUCUUAGGAAGGUGGGGUAAUUAUCCCAAAUACCUCAUAUCUACCACAUGCCUGCAUCUCGUGCACCCUCUUUACUAAGUUGCCUGUAUGAAUGGUGCAAAGCAACACCAUGAAUAGUUAUUUUAUAGCUUGUGCUGUCGCAUGUAGAGGAAGAAAAUUAUGGUCAAUCAAAGAUUGUAUAUAUUGAGUUUUGAAAUUUGUUUUGAAUUGUUGAAGAUGAAUUCCUGUGACAUGAUGCCUUGUAAUGCAUGAAAUCACCAAGCAAUCAUAAUAAAAGUAAUCACACUUUGCACUACGAGCGUAGCACUGUGACAUGCUCCGAUGGCUCUGUUGAUUAAAUUGUUGUUUAAAUGUUUUUCUGUCCUCUCUCUGUAUGAUCUUGUCUCUAUUGUGACUGUUACUUUGCACACUCUCUAGUCUCUCACUGCUCUAACGUCUUUAAAUUGUGUGGGAAAGCUGUGUGGUUGUUCAGUGUUUGUGCGGUGAAUAAUGUUUGUGUCCAGGCAGUGCGCUGCUGGGAAAGUCUUGUGUCAGCAGCCGCACCUUUCUACAGUCGCACUGAGAGUCAUCACGUCUGUUCUCCAGCCACAAAGUAAAUGUGAUUCAAUAAAUGUUUGAAUGAUCAAGGAGAACCGAACAUGAGGAUCAAAGUAAAGGAGGAAGAGCUGGUUGAGACAGAGGAAAUCCAAAUUGAGCAGAAGGAGAAAUUUGAAUCUCUGCAGGAGAGCUGUGAGGAGAAGCCGGAGUUCAGGGUCCUCCUAAAUUGGGCCAGCUCAGAGAAAAGGAUCUGCAGAAACAGAUGAGAAAGUCGGAGGAGAAGUAGUUCAUCGAGCAGGUGCUGUCACUCAAGAGAGAAAACAUGCAGGAGGAAGAAAUAUGUCCCCUGAUCCAAGUUCCAUCAGCUCAUUAUGAUUUGAAUCUCAUAGAUCGUAGGUUUGUUUGAGGUUUAGACUUUGAAAAAGAAAAAGAGUGAAACCUCCCGUCCCGUUAAUUUCAGACAUGCGGUAUAGAUAGUCGGAGCGCGUAAAAAGAACGAAAAGACAACUAUAUUUUAGUUAUAGCCUCUCAUUUUUUUUUUUUUUUUUUUUUUUUAUCUUCAUGGCGUAUCUGCUCAUGUCAAUUAUCAUGUAUUUUUAAUGAAAAUGAAAGGGCAAGCCUGUAAAAAAAAAAAAAAAAGUAUACAUAAUGUAACCAUAUUUGGAAGCUGAUUAAAAAUAUUCCUUGAGAGGUUAUAAGUGA